AUGGUCCAAAUUUGUUGUGUGUGCUACAAUACCAGAAAUAAUAAUAAAAAUGUUUCUUUUCAUUCAUUUCCAAAAGAUAUAUCUAAAAGAACCAUGUGGCUUAAUGCACUUAAUUUAACAUCAAUAUCAAAUUGGAAGAAAGUUUGUAGCGCACAUUUUAGAGCUAAUGAUUUUAUAUUUAGCAACGAUCGUAAUAUUCUCCGAUCAACUGCAGUACCAACCAGUAAUUUUAAAUUAUUGGAGGAACAUAGUUAUGCUGAUAAUGAAUCAUUACGUAGUCCGUGUUUAUUGAUGUCUGAUGUAUAUGUUAGUUCACCAUCUACUUAUAAGACAGAAAGUUAUGAAAAUUUAAACUCUGAAACUUCCCGGCCACCUCUGUUUAACCACUGGACAAAUUUAGAAGUGAUAACUCUACCAAAAAAAACUAGAAGGAUUUGGAGUUCAAGUCGAAUAGGGGAUUUAAGUGACGGAGUUAGUAGCGCUAAUGAUUUUAUAUUUACCAACAAUCAUAAUAUUCUCCGAUCAACUGCAGUACCAACCAGUAAUUAUAAAUUAUUGGAGGAACAUAGUUAUGCUUGCGGUUAUGCUAAUAAUGCAUCAAUAAGUAGUCCGUGUUUAAUGAUUCCUGAUGUGUCACCAUCUACUUCUAGGACAAAAAGUUAUGAAAAGGAAAAUGUUGUUGAAACGUCCCAGCCUUUUCUGUUUAAUCUCUGUACAGAUGAAGAAGUGAAGACUCCACAAAAAAAAACAAGAAGAAUUUGGAGUUCCAGCCGACUAGGGGAUUUACGUGAUGAAGAUUUUUCAUCUCCACAAAGAACAAAAAAUAAUCUUUGUAUAAUAAGAAAUACUGUUAAAAAUAUUCGUCGAAAAAAUAAAAUAUUGAGUCAAAGAAACCAACGUCUCAAAAAAAAAGUAUCUUCGCUGUUGGAUACAAUAAAUGAAUUAAAAAAUAAAUUGCUAAUUUCCGAGAAUACUGCUUUAAAUUUGAAGAACACGGAAGUCAAAACUAAAACUCACAAGAAAAAGAAGAAGGUUUGA